ACAUCAGUUUGUACAACCAUGUCUGAAUUCCAAUUACUUCCAACUGCUACCUACAACUUGGCAUUGAAGCCAUUCGACCCAGCUGCUGCCAUUGAAGAUGAAUUUCCAGUCACUAUUAGACUUACUUUAGCUGCUGUUGAUCCUGAAGCUGUUGAUGAUAAAGAAGAGCCAUCCACUUUGAGAUUAUUAAAGAGACCUCUUUUGAUUGACGAUGAUGAACUUGAUUUACUCGAUGACGAAGCUGAAGAAGACGACGAAUUGGACGAAGAAGAAGAAGAAGAAGAAAAGGUCACUAAGAAGUCCAAGAAGGAUGCCGAUGAAGACGACGACGAAGAAGAAGAAGAUGAUGAUGAAGAAGACGAAGAUGAUUUGGAUGACGAUGAUGUUGAAGAAUUCGUCAUCUGUACUCUUUCUCCAAAGGUUCAAUUCCAACAAACUCUUGAUCUUACCAUCACUCCUCAAGAACAAGUUUAUUUUGUUGUUACUGGUUCUUACCCAAUUCACUUGACUGGUAACUUCAUUGAACAUCCAGCUAAUGAUGAUGACGAUGAAGAUGAAGAUUACGACGAAGAUGAGUAUGAUUUGACUCCAGAUGAAGAUGAAAUCAUUCAUGGUUACGACUUGAAUGAAGAGUACGACGAAGAAUCUGACGAAGAAGAAGCCAAGAUUGAAGAAGUCGGCGACGAAGAAGAAGAAGAAGAAGAAGAAGAAAAGCCAAAGAAGAGAGCUGCUGAGGAACCAAAGGAAACCAAAAAGUCUAAGAAGGCUAAGAAGGACGACAAGAAGGUUAAGUUCACUAAGGAAUUAGAACAAGGUCCAACCGGUUCAACCUUGGUUGAAGAAAAGAAGGAAACCAAGAAGGAAUCUAAGAAGGAAUCUAAGAAGGAAACCAAGAAGGAAGAAGCCAAGGAAGACUCCAAGAAGAAAUACCCAACCAAGACCUUAUUAGGUGGUGUUGUCACUGAAGACCGUAAGGUUGGUUCUGGUACCACUGCCAAAUCCGGUAACAAGGUUGGUAUCAGAUACAUUGGUAAGUUAAAGAAUGGUAAGGUUUUUGACAAGAACACUUCUGGUAAGCCAUUUGCCUUCACCUUAGGUAAGGGUGAAUGUAUCAAGGGAUUCGACUUAGGUGUUGCUGGUAUGGCCGUUGGUGGUGAAAGAAGAGUUGUGAUUCCAGCCAAGAUGGGUUACGGUUCUCAAGCUUUACCAGGAAUUCCAGCCAAUUCCGAAUUGACCUUUGACAUUAAAUUAGUUUCAUUGAAAUAGAGUUAGUUUUCAUAUAGUCGUAAAGAAGAAAAAAAAAUAAAGUUGAUUUACAUAUU